UGACAGUUAGGUGCGUAAGAAGUUGAAAUAGGUUAUUAAGCGAACAGAUCAUACAGAAACUGUGUGCAGAAACCUGAAUGCAAGUAUGGGAGAAGAGGCACAACUCCAGGUAGUGAUGCUGCCGUGGUUGGCACAAGGUCAUAUUAAUCCUCUCAUAAACCUUUCCAAGGCCUUGGCAAGCCAUGGGGACGUAAAAGUCUGGAUCGUAUCAACCCCUGAAAAUAUAUCCCGAAUCAGAGCUCGCUUGCAUGACGAACCCAUCCACCUGUUGGAGUUGGCGUUGCCGUCUGUAGACGGACUUCCCCCUGGCGUCGAAUGCACAGCAGACAUUAAACCAGAAUCGGUCCAUCUCCUUCACAGCGCAUUCGAUCAACUGGACAAGCCAUUUGAGAGUCUUUUGAGGCGCCUUUCGCCAAAUUUUCUAGUGUACGACAUCGUAGCGCCUUGGGCUGCCACCGUGGCUGCUCAGCUGGAUAUACCGAGCUUUGUUUUCUCCAUCUUCAAUCCGGCGGCAUUUUCUUAUUUUGUCGGCCAUUGCAAGGCGGCAGCGAGUAGCAGGUACGUGAAGGCGGAAGAUUUGACCCAGCUUCCGACGGACUAUCCGGUGCCUAUCAUCUCGUGGAGGCUGUUCGAAGCGCGCCUCGGGUAUAACAACUUCAUUGCAUUCGCCGACCGUGUGUGGGCGUGUUGCCAGCAGUCGUGUGGAAUAGUGAUAAAGUCGUGCUUUGAAGAGGAAGACAAAUAUCUGAAAUACUUAACUCAUAUCACUGGAAAGCCAGUGAUUUCCGUUGGUCCAUUAGUGAUUGCCGGGGGAGCAACGGAGGAUAAGUCUGGAAAUUUCGUGGUAGAGUGGCUUGAUAAGCAACGGCCCUCGUCGGUGGUGUUCGUAGCCUUCGGAAGCGAGUCUUUUCUGUCGGCGGAGCAGAUAACGGAAUUGGCGUUGGCACUGGAGAACAUCGGGCUGCACUUUCUCUGGUCGUUGCGAUCUUCUGACGUGACGUCCUCCGCGUUGUCGUUGUUGCCCGAGGGUUUCGAAGGCCGAACACGUGACCGGGGGCUGGUCGUUGGCGGGUGGGUGCCUCAGCUGCGUAUUCUUUCCCAUCCUUCCGUGGGAAGCUUUGUCACACACGGUGGGUGGAGCUCAGUGAUGGAAGCGUGGCUCUACUCCGGGUUGCCGUUGGUUUUAAUCCCGUUGCGGAACGAACAGGGGCUUAACAGUCGACAGAUUGAGCUCGAAUUGAAUGCGGGUAUUGAAGUGGAGAGGAAUGAGGAUGGAGGUUUUAGCAGGGAGGACGUUUGUAAGGCAGUUUGGACGGUGAUGGGUAAUGAAGAGAAAGGGGAGCAGAUUCGAUCGAAGGUGAGAGAGCUCCGUGGUGUUAUAGACCUCAACACAGGACGUCAACAGGCGUAUAUGGAAGAGUUAGUUAACCAGAUGAAAAAGUUUAUUAUCUCGCGUAGGGAGGAUUAUAUUUUAUAAUUAGUAUAUAUAUUUAAUAAUAUAUAUAUAUAAUGUUCAAAGAUAUUAUUUUCAAGGUAUCUAUUUUAAAUCAUUUUUCACAUUAAGAUAUAAUAGGCUCUUCGAGAAGUAUAUUCUUCUCCUCCUCCUCCUCCUCCUAUUCCUUCUGCUCCUCAUCCUUAUCCUCCCUUUUCUUCUUCUCAUUCUUCUACUUCUUAUUGCUCUAGUACUUUUUGUUCUUUUUUCUCUACAUUGUUUUUUCUUAUUUUGCUACAUAUUUAUCUAUACUAUGGUUAAC